AUGGCUGCGAGAAGGGAAAUUCUCCUAAAAUUUGAUGUCGAACCGUCGAAACUCAUACGCCUGGCCUUCAGAACCGUUGUUUUCACCACCUCCACAAGUCAGUGCUUUGCAGCCAAGGGUAAAAGUCUUGUGGCAAAAUCGAGAACUCAUGCUGUACCAUUCUCCCAAAAACCAGCUCAAGCUCCAUCACCGAACUUAAAAUACACGAAUCGUCAUGUUUUGUUACGCGAGACAAAGGCUGUAACUGAGCAGCUCUCUACUACGCAGCGUAAUUCCAAUAACCUCAUCAUAUUACGGAUUGCAAGCAUCAGCAAAUCGACAGUCAGAUCUUGCGGACGGAUGUACCAAAUGAAACCUGAUAUUGGCAGUACAAUGUGUCUCCUUGUCCACCCCGGUACAGAAGAGGGAACUUUUAAGAGGGUAGGCUUGGCACAGAUUUCAGACCUCAAAUAUUGCAGUUCAUUGCCAUGGGAAAUGCGUACUAUCGUACUGGUUUGA